CAAAAGAAGCAAAGUUGAAAGAAGAAAAAAAUAGGCAUAGAAGUGUGAUCAAAAAAAUUAAGUGAAUAAUAAUGAUGAAGAAGCAAAAAGAAGUAGCAAAGAAAACAAACACUUUCCGAUUAGAAAAAUCUGGCACUAAGGAAUACCAAAUAACUGCACCAAGUGAUGAAUAUUAUUCUUCCAAAGUGACAAGUAUAGUGACAAAAAAAUCACCUCCACAAUUGGAAUUCCCAAAAUCACCACAACUAAUAUUUGGAGAAGAAAUAAUUCAUUUUAGUCAUCCACAACAUGCUCUCUCAAUGGUGGAUCUUCCUGACCUAUUCACUUGUGUAGGAUGUAAGGAAUAUGGAUCUGGAAAGAGAUUUGUUUGUCAACAAUGUGAUUAUCAACUUCAUGAUUUUUGUGCUUUGGCUCCUCCUGCUCUUAUGGCUCAUCCUUUGCAUUCCCAACAUGCAAUUUUGUUCCAUUCCAAACCAGUGAAAAUUGGAAUGACAAAAUCAAAAUGUGACGUAUGUGGAAAACCAACAAAAGGCUAUACAUUCGUAUGCACAGCAUGUGCUUUCCAAAUGCAUCCAUGUUGUGCAAUGCUCAACACUCAAAUUGAUUUCCCAAAACAUCCACACACACUCAAACUCACAUCAUCAUCAUCAUCAACAACAACAACAAACAUUGAUAAUAAUUCCAACAACAUUGUUUGCAAUGAGUGCAAGAAAAGAAGGUCAGGGAAAGUGUAUCGUUGUACGGUUUGUGAUUACAAUCUUCAUGCAUUUUGUGCUAAGAGUAAAGUGAAUGGUCUUCAAGCUAAUGGUAUUAGGGUUCUUGAAAAACCAAGUGUUCUUGCUGCUGCUGCUAAAGUUGCUUCUCAAGUUGUUAUUGAGUUUAUUGGUGGCUUUGUUGAAGGUCUUGGUGAAAGUAUGGGUGAAGUUCUUGUUCAAAAUAUUGCUAAAGGAGGAAGUGGAAAUCUUACUAAUAAUACAAGACCUCGCAAAUGAUAUCAUUUAUACUUUAUUAUGGAUUUCAAUUUCGAUUUGGUUAGGGCAUAAAUUCACGCAUUAACGUAGUUGAUACAUCGGUAGAUGUUGGAUUGAGAUCGAACUGUGCAGAAAACAUGCAUAUUUUGAUAUUUUUUCUUCGUAAAACUGCAAAGUGUUGUGUUGAAAUUUGGAUCGUCGGAUCUUAAUUCAAUUGAUACUGAUGUGUUGAUUGCGUGAUUGUGUGGAAUUUGUGUCUAUAGCCAAUUCAAAUUCAUUUAUCAUCUCAUGUUUUUUUCUUGUGAUUAAUUUCGAUUUUUUUAGAUUAAAUAUUACAUGCAUUCAUAAUAUAACUAAACAGUUUAAAAUUGUUGUAUAAGAUUGAAUGAGAUUUAUUAAAGACUUUGAUGGAAAAACUCUGAAAUGCUAAUAGUAUGAAUGCGUGUAAUAUUGAAAUUCAUUUUACAUAUUAUUUAUGUUUUUCUCUCUCUCCUAUCUAUAUUAACUUUAGGAAAAUUAAUUCCUAACUACACUUUAGCAUGCAACUCUUGUGCUGAUUAAGUCCAUUAUAUGAGCAUAUCUAUGGAAAAAGAACAUUGUGAAUCAUUAUAUGUAUUAUAUGUAUGUGGGGAUGUAAAACGGUGUUUAGACAGUAGUCCUGCUUCAGAUGUAAUUUUAUUUUUUCUGCUGAAAGUGUUCAUUACAUUUGUAUGUAAACAAACUGUAAAAUUUGUUACAAAUAUAUUGUACGUAUUUAUUAUUUCUUUAA